UCGGGCGGCCAUGUUUGUUUAUGACGAGAACGCGUGCCGAGAGGAUCACUCAGCCGGCGUCUGCGAGAAUUUUGCAUUUUUAGUAACAAAAACUAGGCAAAAUGUCGUACAAGGGUCCGCAAAAGGUGCAGAAGGUGAUGGUGCAGCCCAUCAACCUAAUUUUCCGCUACCUCCAGAACAGAUCGCGCGUCCAGGUCUGGCUUUACGAGAACGUCAACCUCAGGCUAGAAGGUCACAUAGUAGGCUUUGAUGAGUACAUGAAUUUGGUGCUGGACGACGCAGAGGAGGUCAACAUCAAGAACAAAGGACGGAAAACACUAGGCAGGAUAAUGCUGAAGGGCGACAACAUCACUCUCAUCCAGAACGUCAACCCUGUGGAAUAGUGCGGGAAAAAUUUUGUCUCGCGGGACUGUACAUAAAUAUUGCGAUUGUCAAUGUGACCUGCGCGAACUCUUUAUUGUUCCUAGAUGUAAGACGAAACAAAUUUGAUCAUUUUGAAAGAAAUGCAUUUUCUAUUAUGGAUUUUUAGCUUAAUCGAUGACAUUCGAUAGCUGCCUAUGUUCGUAAUUUCCCUCUGUACCAUUACUUGUCGUCAAUAAACAUGAUCAACAUAAA